AUGGAUCAGGGUGAAUAUGAGCAGGCGUCGCUGAAGUAUCGUGAAGCAUUGGGUCGAAUCGAUACGCUUCUACUGCGCGAGAAACCUGGCGAUCCAGAGUGGCUUGAACUCGAUCAGCAGGUAAAGAAAGUCUAUCACUCUCGUUUUGUGUGA